ACCCCAUGUUUGAGCUCUUCCAGCUGGUUGACUGUCUUCGGCAGGUACGGUCCGGAUUUAAAUCACAACUCAUUAUUGAGUUGAAGAAAGUAAUACUUGUUGUCUGAAGUCGUGUAUUAGCUGUACUGCUGACUACCGCCAGCCUCAGCUAGGUAAGCAGCACUUUACAUGCGGCUGUAGCUUCCUCUUCGGUCUCCGGACACCUGAAACAAAGCUAGCCAGCUGUUAGCUGAAUGGUGCAGAAGAGGAGUAAUAAAGUAAGCUUAGCACACCAUGCUGCCUGACAAAGAUGGUCCAGGUGGUGGAGGAGGACAGAGCUACCCUGAGGGAGAGCACCCUUCUGUGAGUCUGUUCAGGGACUACCUGCGCCUAAGGACGGUCCACCCUGAGCCUGAUUAUGAUGCAGCUCUCAGGUUUCUGGACAGAAUUGCGGAGGAGCUUGACCUCCCAAUAAAGAAGAUUGAGGUUUGCCCUGGUAGAGUUGUGUCAAUCAUGACAUGGGAAGGAACAAAACCCUCGUUAAAAUCUGUCUUACUGAAUUCCCACACAGAUGUUGUACCUGUUUAUCAGGAACAUUGGAAAUAUGAUGCCUUCAGUGCCUUUAAAGAUGCAGAGGGCAAUAUUUAUGGCCGGGGAUCACAGGACAUGAAAUGUGUAACUAUACAGUACAUUGAGGCAGUCAGAAGACUGAAGGCAGAGGGAUGGAAACCGACACGGACUUUGCAUUUAAUGUAUGUUCCUGAUGAGGAGGUUGGAGGUCAUAAAGGAAUGGAAACCUUUGUGUUGCAUCCAGAAUUCAGAAACCUAAACAUCGGCUUUUCCCUGGAUGAAGGUCUGGCCAAUCCUGGUGAGGCUUUCACCGUGUUUUAUGGAGAGAGGAACCCCUGGUGGAUAACUGUCCACUGUCCAGGAAGUCCAGGACAUGGCUCCAGGUUUGUGGAGAAUACAGCUGCUGAGAAACUGCGACAUGUGAUAAAUUGUUUUAUGGACUUCAGAGAGAAAGAGAAACACCGGCUGAACACCAGUGAAUGUUUUACGCUGGGGGAUGUCACCACUGUGAACAUGACCAUGGUCAAAGGGGGAGUGGCCUACAACGUGAUCCCAGCUGAGAUGGACGUCAGCUUUGACCUGAGAAUACCUCCUACAGUAAACCUCCAGGAGUUUGAAAAACAGAUCAAGCAGUGGUGUAAAGAAGCAGGUGAAGAUGUCACCUAUGACUUCGCUCAGAAACACAUGAACCAGAACAUAACAUCCACAGAGGAGAGCGACCCCUGGUGGAGCGCCUUCACAGCUGCCUGCAAGUCUCUGAAUAUGACUUUAGAAAAGGAGAUAUUUCCUGCUGCGACUGACAGUCGUUUCAUCCGAGCGGUGGGUAUCCCUGCAAUUGGCUUUUCCCCGAUGAACCGGACUCCAAUUCUGCUGCACGAUCACAACGAGUACCUGAACGAGCGUGUCUUCCUGAGAGGCAUCAGCGUGUACGAGAGGCUCAUCCCAGCUCUAACCAGUGUUUCUGCCUUACCAGGAGAGGCUUAGAUCAGCUUAAUCCUCAAUGAAACGUAUUUCACUCUUAUUUCAUUUCAGGAGUUUGUAGAGAUUACCAAAGAAUAACACAUAUGAUAUUAUUAAGCCAAAGUGAGCUGUUCAGCUUUGGUGCUGUUGAUUUUUCCUUUUUUUUUUUUUUUAUGAUUCUCAGGAUUUAAACACGGUGUUGCAUCACAUAAUGCUGCAGCAGGGUUUAGCCACAUGUUCGUGUGUAAAUAACAUCUUACAGGUCUGUCAUGCACUGUAGACACUGGAAUAUCAAUCACCGCUGAUGAGUUUUAGAGAAUAUUUCACUUAUAGAAUCAUAUUUAUUAAAUUACAAAAUGAAUAAAAUAUAUUUAUCCUUAAA